AUGAUUUCUUCGCCAGCCGGAUCAACUGCGACCAAGACUGACUCACAAAGUUAUGUACGGCAGCUAGAAAGAAGGGUCAAGGACCUCGAGCAGAGACUCGCAUCGGCUCUGACACCACAAACUUCCCAGAACGAGCCAUCGACAUAUGCCUGGAACGAAGAUACGGAGGCUCACUUGAGUGACUUGGGUACCGCCUUCCUACAUUCAGACAGUGUCAAUCACACCCCUCCAUUACCAUCCGAUGCGAACCAGGUCCCUAGCUUUGACCCUUCGGCCGUCUCACCCACGAAUGCGCGUGUUUCUGCUCCUCGAACAGACAGUUUUGCUGAAGAGCUCAGGCUCCUCUCGCUAGAAGCUGCAGCCGAGCGAUAUUUGGGGUCUUCUUCCGGGCUUUCAUUGGCCAAGCUCACCCAGACAGUCCUCCAACGUCUAUCGCCGGACCAAGAUGGAUUUAUGUUUGACGGGGAAUGCGACGAGAAUCAGCACAAUCAUGAGUCCGAGCCCGACACAUCUUCGAAUCUGAACAUGAAAUAUUUCGAGAUGCUUCCUUCACUGACCAGUCCACUGCCAUUGGAUUUCUUAUUGGGUAAUACGGCCGAGGACUUUGAAGACUCCAUGGCUCUUGCACUUCUCGAACCUUCUCACAUCAGCUAUAUUUUGGAAUUUUAUUUUGCUCACUCUCACACUCUUUACCCGAUGAUUAGGAAAAGCGAUUUCGAGGCUGUACUAUGGGGAAUAUUGGCCGAUCCUUUGGACCCACUUGCUCAGUCUCCCUUGUGGCAAUAUAGGAUUUGGAUGGUUUUAGCUAUUGGGUCUACAACGUACUGCUCGGUCUCUUUGAUGGAUGAGACCGAAUCGGUUCAAUUCUUCAACAAGGCGAUGACUUACUUUGAGUCGGCUAUGGGGUGUGGGGAUCUGGUGAGAGUUCAUGCCUGUAAAUCGGUCAAAGGUUUUGGUACUAACGCAUCACAACCAGGCCGGUCUGGAAGUGUUAAUGCUGCAGAUUGGACCAAUGUCGUGUCUUUGGCCCUUGGCCGCCCAUUCGCUAUCCAAGAUGAUGACAUUACUGUUGAGCCUUUCUCCGAGGUCGACGACGAAAGUAUAAAACCAGACGGAAUAAACUCAACAACCAACCUGGAACCAUCCACAAUGGCAGUUCCACUUCACAUUCUCGCACUCAGGAGAAUCGCUAGUGACAUCGGCACCCAGGUGCACUCUCCAAAGUUUAGCCGACAACAAAGCCCAGAAGCCCGGGAAGAAACUCUACAAUCUCUCCACAAACGCUUACUUGACUGGCGUCGCAGCAUGCCAUUUCCUUUACCAGAUCUUCAAUCAAAGGUACCUCAUCUGUGUACAAGUUGGUUCGACCUAAACUAUUACACCCACGUCAUCAUGCUUUACCGUCCCUCGCCUUUGAGUCCAAGUUUGGACUCCGCGAAAAUGAAGAUCUUAGCCGAAGCGUCGUCAAUGGCAAUACGACAAGCUACAAAUAUGUACAGACAACGACGCUUUGCCUAUAAUUGGUUGAAUCUUGUGGCUAUCUUCAAUUCAGCUCUGUCUCUUAUGUACACUUCUACUGCCCAAGCGGAUCAUAUUUCCCUGGUUCUGGAUCAUGCUAGGGUCAUUGAUGAUCUAGAGCUGGCUGUUGAGCUGCUGGAAGCUUUUUCGACUAAAUUUUCUUCAGCGAGGAAAAUUCAAGGCAUGAUUCGAGUGGUAUCGGCGAAGCUUGAAGUUUACAGAGUACCUUCUGUAUGA